AUGUCAUCACGAAUCAUCGUUCAAGGUCCGUGGUACGAUAAUGGCAGGCUACUCAAAGACCCGAAACCUCGUCAGGAGUGGGACGAAGUCACAGAGUGGGAGGAGGCGAAUCUCUGCAACAAGAUAACCAUUUUCGACUUGCCCCUCAAAUGCCCCUUUCCUCUCACCAACAGACGAAAUGCUUGCGCCCUGAUCGAAAACUUCAUUGAUGCCAUCACAUACCACAGGCAACUAUUCCCCUACUGGCAGAGGCGCGCUAUCAAGUACUUUAUCUGGCGUGAAAUGUUCGUCAUCAGGAACAACGACGAGUGGAAAGAUUACAGGAACCAUCCCCUAUAUAAGAAUCGUGACGUGCUCAGGCGAUUGGCGAAGCAGGAAUUCACUAAUGCAAUGGGGCUUGCAUCUGCUUUGUUGUUUGUCCUCCACGGACUCUACACCAACGACUGGGAACUCGAGUUCCUCUUGAAGGGGCAGCAGAAACUCAUCGAUACAUACAACAUGUGCGACUACAACAUGAGGCUGUGGAACAGGGACAAAAUGCUCGACAUCUUGUUCAUCGAGUGCGAAUGGCUCAAAGACACGCUCCUCGAAGCGCACAUGAAGGAGAAGAAGGAGAUGGAUGAAGAGUGGGAGCACAGACAAACAAAGACACUCGAAGAAAUGGAGGUUUUUAUCGAGGAGUUACCAGAGCCUAUGGAUGAAGACGAGGAGGAAGACGAGGAGGAAGACGAGGAGGAAGACGAGGAGGCAGAUGAGGAGGAAGACGAGGAUGGGAAUGAGGAUGAUGAAAAUGCUCAAGACAACGCUCAAGACAACGCGCAAGACAACGGUCAAGACAACGGUCAAGACAACGCUCUAAACAUUGCUCUAAACAACGCUCAAAACAACGCUCAAUGCAUCGAUAUAUGGGGCAAUGAUAUCCCGAUGGCGAUGAUAUUGGGCGUUCCACAACAAUGGAGCAAUGUUGUCCCGUUGGCCGCUCCAACCCCAUUGGAGAUUCAAACUAUGGCCCUAGAACGCGAGAAAUUGAGGCAAAGGCGGGAAAAGGAUCUCCAGCAAUGGGACGCUCAGUGCUACGCCCAGGGUCUCACUGAAAGUCUCGCUCAAAGCAUAGCUCAAAUUUGCGGAUUUCCGUCAGAGGAAGCUCAGUUUGUCGCUCGGCCUCGUGCUCGUUAUAUCGCUCAACGUCGUAUUCAGGAUUUCUACAAAAUGGAAGCUCUAAGUAUUGUUCAAGAAAGACUUAAACAACGUAAUCGACGUCAGGCUCUGAUUUACGGUCAAAUCCGAGCCCAACGUCGCGCUCAGGGUCGCACUCGGGGUCACAUUCCAGGUCCCGAAGACGAGGCUCAAGUCAUUGCUCAAAGCAACACUCAACGUAUUGUUCAAUAUUUCGAUCGGGACACCCUCCAAAAUACCAUUCGGAAUCUCCCCCCGGGAAAUACUGAAGAUAGCGUUCUAGCUUUCAUGAAUGGCGUUUAUAAAGAGCUUGUCCAAGGCAUGGCACAAGACAAGGCUCAACGUCAACGCACCCAACGUCGCGCUCGUCGUCGUGCUCGUCGUCGCGCUCAUCGCACCGUACAGAAGACCGUUCGAGAGACCACUCAAAAUGUCACCAAGGAGAAUGGUCAAAAAAGAACCCAGACUAGCCUCCAAGAUUUCACUGCAACGGCGCCUCACCGCCAACGAACAGACUCGCAGGCUCCUGAAAAGCUAGUCAAUACUGCUGUUCCGCCUAUAGACCCAAGCCCUACUCUCCCAUCGAGGCCAGUUGACGACGAUGAGGAUAUCUAUGGUUAUAGUGGGGACGAGGAUGGCAAUACUAAAGAGAAAUGGUGA